UAUGAACGAAAUAUUUUAGAUGUAUUGAUAUAAUAAUUAAUUAGGCAUUGAACAAAAUGUUAAACAUACAAAACUACGGUAGCAGUUCGGAGGAAGAAGACGACAAUGAGACAGAAACUUUAAAAGGAGAGAGUAAUGAAAAGUUAUUGUCACACUUAAAACCCGUUGAUACUAACUUUUCCGUGGCUAAAUCAAUGCAAAUAUGUGCUGCACCCGUCGUUAUGCCUACGAACAGCGACGACACAAGAGUUUUGUUACCAAAUAAUCAAGAAUUAAUGCACAAUCCUAAGUAUGAAGAACUUUUUGCACCUACAUAUGGUCCUGAGAAUCCAUUUCAAACGCAACAGAUGAAAGCAAAUAGAAAUAUUUUGUCGGGUUAUGUAGAAAAGGCGCAUAUAAGUGAUUUUCAGUUUGAAAAUCAAAGGCGAACAUUUACUAGUUAUGGACAUGCUGUAGACCCUUCUACGGAUAGUGAAGCCACUGGAGAUGCUAUAGUUGUGUCAGCAAUGAUUGCACCACCAGAAGAGGCAUUAGGCAAGUCAGUGUUUGAGACCAUAAAGAAGAGACCGCUUGACAAAAAGAAGAGGACCAAGAAUGAUAACCCUGAAGAUAUAAAUGGAUUCCUUGGACCUUGGGGAGGAUAUGAGGGUGAACAAAGAGUAAUGAGGCCAGAGGGUGAUGAAGCUAAAGAGCUACAAGAGAUUGUUGCUAAACGACAGAAGAAAGGCAAAGUGGAUGAUGACAAACCAUUGGAAGAGAAAUCAAUAUUCCAUAUCGACAAUGCGACGGACUACCAGGGCAGGUCGUGGAUUGCUCCACCGCGUAGUGAAACACAGUUGCGUAGCGAUACACCGCCCGACAAGUGCUUCUUGCCUAAGGCACAUAUUUUCACGUGGAAGGGCCACACGAAGGGUGUGGCGGCCGUCCGCUGGUUCCCCGGCACUGCGCAUCUUAUGCUAUCUGCUGGCAUGGACUGUAGAGUCAAGAUUUGGGAAGUGUACGGCGAACGUCGUUGUAUACGGACGUACUUUGGACAUCGGCAAGCUGUAAGAGAUGUCAACUUUAAUAAUACUGGGGAUAAAUUCCUAUCUGCAGCGUACGAUCGUUACAUAAAGCUCUGGGACACGGAGACUGGCGAGUGUAUAUCUCGGUUCACAUCCCGGAAGGUGACAUAUUGCGCCAAGUUCAACCCAGACGAGGAUAAGCAGCACCUAUUUGUAGCCGGUACUUCCGACAAAAAGAUUAUUUGUUGGGAUAUCCGUAGCGGUGAGAUAGUACAAGAAUACGACCGGCACCUCGGGGCCGUCAAUACCAUCACCUUCGUGGACGACAAUCGACGCUUCGUCACCACCUCCGACGACAAGAGUCUGCGUGUUUGGGAGUGGGACAUACCAGUUGACAUGAAAUACAUAGCAGAUCCGUCAAUGCAUUCAUUGCCGGCUGUGACCGUUUCACCUAACGGCAAAUGGCUAGCCUGCCAGUCAAUGGACAACAAAGUGAUCGUCUUCAGCGCUCUCAACAGAUUCAAGAUGAACAGGAAAAAGACGUUUAGCGGUCACAUGGUGGCUGGGUACGCGUGUUCUGUGGACUUCUCGCCUGAUAUGAGUUACCUCGUGUCCGGCGACGCGGACGGAAAGUGCUACAUUUGGGACUGGAAGACAACGAAACUGUACAAGAAAUGGAAGGCGCACGACGGCGUGUGUAUCACAUCGCUAUGGCACCCACACGAGCCCAGCAAGCUGCUCACGGCAGGCUGGGACGGCGUCAUCAAAUACUGGGAUUAAAUAAAAUGACUGACUUCCUUGAUACCACGUUUUAAUUUCAACCUAACAUGAACCAUGAACCGCAAUAGAAUAACAAUAAAAUAGAAACAUACAUUUUUUAUAGCUUAAAUAUUUUUUUCUUUACAUAUUUUUAAAUUAUAACAAGCGCCAAUGUCAUGGUUUUAGCGGGGUCAUGUCAAGGUCAACCUACGCGACUUGCGUGUACUUGAAGCUUGGCUCCUCGUACGCAAUGUCAACCUUGUACUCCAUGCUGCACUCGCGGCAUGUUCCAUUCUUCAUAAACUCGUUGAAACUUAUAUUGUUCUCAUGGAAUGCUUCGGUUAGGGCAGUGACCAGGCUAUCGAUCAUCUCGGGCGUGUGGUAAGGGCCAGGCGCGAACCUCAGCCGCUCCUCCCCUCGCGCCACCGUGGGGUAGUUGAUGGCCUGCACGUAGUGACCUCUCUUCAUCAAAGAUUCGGCGACGGCGGCCACUUUAUCGGCGCCCGUUAUUGGGACAGGUACAAUGUGACUGACUGACGGCAUUUGUGGCAGACCUGCCACAAGGAGCGACAGUUUCAAGUAUCGCACAAUAGCUUGGUGCUUCGCUCGCAAGCUUCUGCCCUCUUCGCUUGCGAGAAGUCUAAUGGCGGCUAGCGAACCCGCCAGUACAGGCGGUGGUAGCGCCGUGGUGAAUAUGAAGCCAGGGGCUAGGGAUCUCACUGUGUCUACCAAUAGAGAAGACCCAGCAAUGUAGCCCCCAACAUUACCAAAUGCUUUCCCCAAUGUUCCCGAUACUAUGUCUAUCUUGUGCUGUAGUCCUCUUUCUUCCCCUAUACCAGCACCAUGUUUCCCAUACAACCCUACAGCAUGGACUUCAUCAACAAAUGUCAGAGCCCCAUACUCGUGAGCUAUGUUACACAUUUCAUCCAGCGGACAUAUUGCUCCACUCAUUGAGUGGACAGUCUCAAACACGACUAGCUUGGGUACACCUUCUGGUGAUUGAGAGAGUAACUCUCUCAAGUGGUUUGGAUCAUUGUGUCUAAAUAUUUGCUUUGGUGCUCGACUGUUUCUUAUUCCCUGUAUCAUAGAGGCAUGGUUCCCAGCAUCAGAAAAUAUUAGGCAGCCCGGUAAAAUUUUUGCCAAUGUGGACAAUGUUGCAUCGUUAGCGACAAAACAUGAACUAAAUAUUAAGGCUGCAGGUUUCUUGUGCAGGUGAGCUAUUUCAGCUUCGAGUUUUUCUGUCAUCUGAGAGUUUCCGGCAAUGUUCCUGGUGCCUCCAGCUCCAGUACCAUAAGCUUUAAUUGCAUUAAUAGCAGCAUCUUGAACAACAGGAUGGCGAGAGGCUCCAAGGUAAUCGUUGGCGCACCAAACGGUAACACGAUGGUUGUCGGGGCCUUCCAGAGCUUGCGGGUAUACUCCCUCUGCUGCUAACCGGGAGACCUUCCUGAAGAUGCGGUAUGAGUAGUCCCUCUUUUUGGCACUGAUCUGCUCAUGGAAGAACUUCUCGUAGUGGUACGACUGCACGGGCUCAGUGAUAUCUUCCGUCAUCUCCUUGGGUGCCUCGGAGAUUCCCACAUUUUGCUGGAUGAAGGGGCACUUGGUUUCGUCGACGCCGAGAGAGCGGAAUCCUCGAGUAAUUAUGGGGCAGUAGUUUCCGUAUUGUUUCAUAAGAGUUGCCCCGUAAUUCUUUACGAAGGCUUGGUUCAACGAUCCUAAGAAUGGGCAGCGCAUUUUUACUUUUUUAUGUAAUCAAUGACACACCAAACACUUGCGACACUUUAGUAUUGUAAUAUUUAUAAUACGAGAUUUGUGUAUGAACGUUGGCUCGCACUGUAGCCGAACGUCUCACAGUUUUCAGUCAACUGGUGGCACGACCAACAAAACCUUUCAUUUAUAAAGUUGGUGUCGUCAUAUCGAUUACGUUUGAUUAGACUUCAUUCACUCACUGAGAAUUUU